UAUUCAACAGUCUUGCCUGUGUUUGUUAGAAAGGCUCCACCCGGGGUGAAGUCUAGACACAGCUCUAGGAUCAUUUCCCCCUCCCCCAAUCCUAACCUUAACCAUUAGAGGGGGAAAUGCAAAACUGACGCAAGAUCAGCGGCUAGCGGCUAUUUCAGCCUACUCUGUUUAGUGGAGGUAUGGGCCUACCCCUUCCUGUUUCAGAGGUGGUAACAGCUGGACCCCCUAACCCUUCUCGUGACAUUUUCAUAUAUGGGCAAGUAAGCAUGACAACCCUUGACGUGGGGGUUUCUAAAAACAGCCUGUGACACUGAGUGGAUUGCCAGCUAGGGAGCAACACGAUCUGUUAGAAGAAACUUUGAGGACAGCAACGGGCGCCUGAGCAGGCCCAGUGACUCUGCAUUGUUCUAAAGGAGUAGACAUCUUUGAUAUUUGCCAAGUCAGUUCUUUAGGGAUUGGGGGACCAUUGGGGGACCAUUUGUUGGUAUCCCUAAAGACCAGUAGGGUUUUUGUUUUUCCACUGUGCAAUGAGUAUCUCUCUGGGGUAUUCACAUUCCACAAAGCAAAACAGCACCAUGGACAGCUUGGAGAAACAGCUCAUUUGCCCUAUCUGUUUGGAGAUGUUUACCAAACCGGUGGUCAUUCUCCCUUGUCAACACAACCUUUGUCGAAAAUGUGCUCAAGAUAUUUUCCAGGCCUCAAACCCUUAUCUGUCGACCAGAGGAACCACUGUGACUUCAGGGGGGCGUUUCCGCUGCCCAUCCUGCAGACAUGAGGUGGUCCUGGACAGGCAUGGUGUCUAUGGCCUCCAGAGGAACCUGCUGGUGGAGAAUAUCAUUGAUAUGUACAAACAGGAACAGGAGUCCUCAAGCAGCAAGCCUGAGCCUGAGCCUGCCAGGUGUGACCAGCCCAUGUGUGAGGAGCAUGAGGAGGAGAAGAUAAACAUCUACUGUGUGACGUGUGGCGUGCCCACCUGCUCUCUCUGCAAGGUGUUCGGAGCCCACAAAGACUGUGAUGUGGCCCCACUCAACACUGUGUUCAAUAAGCAAAAGACUGAGUUGACUGACUGUAUAGCCAUGCUAGUGGGGAACAAUGACAGGAUUCAAGGCAUCAUGAGUCAACUGGAUGAGACCUGUAAGACCGUUGAGGAGAAUGGCAGGAGGCAGAAAUCCAAGGUGUGUGAAAGUUUUGAUCACCUUUAUGCCAUCCUGGAGGAGCGGAAAGGGGACAUGACCCUGAAGAUCAACGCAGAGCAACAGGAGAAACUGGACUAUAUAAACGGCCUCAUGAGGAAGUAUAGAGAGCACCUGGAGAACAUGGCAAAGAUCGUGGAGACAGGGAUACAGACAAUGGAGGAGUCAGAGAUGGCUACUUUCCUGCAGACUGCAAAGCCUCUUCUACAAAAGCUCGUUGCAGGUACUAACAUCUCCAGCCUGGACAAAGUGGAGCGUGGCUAUGACAACAUGGAUCACUACGCAGCCAACUUUGAGCGGGAGAGGAGGGCACUGCUUACCAUAGACUUUGUGAAAGAUGAUGAAGAUGAUGAUGAUGAGUUUGAAGAUGGAGAAGAGGAAGUAGAAGUGAGUGGGGUGACAGGGGUGACCCGUACAGAGGUGUCUCCUGCUGCUGCAGUGGCGGCAACGGUUGGGGCCAACCCUCCAAAGCCCCAGCUGACAUCACCCCCGCCCCUGCCUCAGAGACCUACUGAAACCCUAGGCGACACCGCUACACUGGCCACCCCACAGGCCCCCGCCCAUGUAACAACCCUGGUACAAUUCCCAUCCUUAAACCCAACCCCAACUGCCAGCGCACAGGCCACAACCCCAGUCCACUUCCCAACUUCAACCACGACCCCAGUUCAGUUCCCAAACACAACCCCGGUCAACGUCCCAUCAUCAGAGCCACCGACACAGAUGUCCUCUGAUACCGGAUCAAGUCAGCAAAACACAGAUGACAAAGAUGGACCCAAACACGUCUUCUCCUUUUCUUGGCUGAACAACCAGAAGUAGAUUAUCAUCUUACCUCAAGACUAUACUGAAAUUGUUGUAAUACUCCAUUGUUUUGAUUGAGUCAGCAUCCUGCUGCAGGAACGGUUUAAAUAAGUACUAUGUUACCGUUGAAUAACUGUAAUUUAUCUUAAAUGCUCUCUAGCACUUACAGUAUAUUCGUCAUACUGUGAAAACAAACGUCAUUGGGCUGAUCUCUGACUUGAGAAAACUGUGCGUAAUUUGGCACACCUUUGCGCAAUAGAUUUACGCGCCAGUCAGAAGAACAGUCGGAAUGAAUUUAUACACACAAUUUAGGCUACACAGCAAGCAAUAAAUGUAACUUUUCAACUUUUU